AUGUCCGCUUCCGUAGGACCGUUACAGAGUCUCCGAGGAUCCAGAACCCCCUCCGGUAUCGACGCUGAAUCGGAUCCACUCGGCCACGACCGGAUCCGAGAGGCGGUGGCCCUCGCCUCGCGCCCCGCAUGGCCGCAACCGUAG